UUAAUUUAAAAAAAAAUUAAUAUUAAGGACCAUUUUGAACUGUUAACCUUUUGUUAAUGGAGAGUGAAAUACAAUUGCAGAGGUGAGAGUAGGGGAGGGUGUGUUUGAUCCGGUUUGCCAUAGUUGUGGACUUAAUUGAUCCGGUUUUAUAGAUUCGUUUGUCCAGUGCCUAAAUGGACAAGGAAGAUUCAAAAAUCAGGGGUAUGUUUUGGCUUCUGCCUUCCUGGUGGGAAAGCUUAUAGAAUGUCUUUCGCAAAGGCAUUGGUACUUUAUGUUGCAGCAAAUAAGAAUUAGGAUGCGUGCCGUACUUGUGGCAAUGAUUUAUUGCAAAGGGUUGACACUUUCUUGCCAGUCGAAGCAGGGCCAGACUAGUGGGGAGAUCAUCAAUAUUAUGACCGUUGAUACCGAGCGAAUUGGUGAUUUUAGCUGGUGUAUGCAUGACCCUUGGCUGGUUAUACUCCAAGUUGGUCUGGCCUUGUUCAUAUUGUAUAAAAAUCUUGGACUCGCAUCAGUUGCUACUUUGCUUGCAACUAUAGCUAUCAUGUUAUUGAACUAUCCGUUGGGAAGGCUAAUGGAGAACUUCCAAGACAAGUUGAUGGAUUCUAAAGAUAAACGAAUGAAAGCAACAUCUGAGAUUUUAAGGAAUAUGAGAAUUCUCAAGCUUCAGGCGUGGGAAAUGAAGUUUUUGUCGAAGAUUGUCGAGCUUCGGAAGAUAAAAACAGGAUGGUUGAGGAAAUUUGUUUAUACUUCAGCAAUUGUUAGUUUUGUCUUCUGGGGUUCCCCUACAUUUGUGUCUGUGGUCAUAUUUGGUUUUUGUAUGCUUAUGGGAAUUCCCCUCGACUCGGGGAAGAUAUUAUCUGCACUCGCUACAUUCAGGAUCCUUCAAGAGGCAAUCUAUAAUCUUCCUGAUACAGUGUCUAUGAUGGUUCAAACCAAGGUUUCCCUUGAUAGAAUUUCAUCUUUUCUCCGGCUUGAUGAUUUACAGUCUAAUGCAGUUGAGAGGUUAACAAGAGUCAGUUCUGUUACAGCAAUUGAGAUAGCAGAUGGCAUUUUCUCUUGGGAAUUAUUAGCUCCUAACCCGACAUUGAAGGAUAUAAACUUGAAAGUACUCCAUGACAUGCGAGUUGCUGUAUGUGGUACAGUUGGUUCUGGCAAGUCAAGCUUGCUAUCCUGCAUUUUGGGAGAGGUACCUAAGAUAUCAGGGACUCUUAAAUUGUGCGGUACAAAGGCCUAUGUCACACAGUCACCAUGGAUACAGAGUGGCAAAAUUGAAGAGAAUAUUUUAUUCGGAAAGAAAAUGGAUAGGGAUAGGUAUGAGAGGAUUUUGGAGGAUUGUUCCCUGAAGAAGGACCUCGAAAUCCUGUCAUUUGGCGACUAAACUAUUAUAGGCGAACGGGGCAUCAAUCUGAGUGGCGGACAAAAACAAAGAAUACAGAUUGCUCGAGCUCUCUACCAAGAUGCUGAUAUCUAUCUUUUUGAUGAUCCUUUUAGUACUGUUGAUGCACAUACUGGAUCUCAUUUAUUUAAGGAAGUUUUGCUAGGUUUCUUGAGUUCGAAAACGGUUAUUUUUGUUACUCAUCAGGUUGAGUUCUUACCUGCUGCUGAUCUAAUAUUGGUAAUGAAGGAAGGAAGGAUUACACAAGCUGGAAAGUACAACGACAUUCUCAGUUCGGGCUCUGAUUUUAUGGAACUUGUAGGUGCACAUGAGUCAGCUUUAUACGGUCUCAAUUCAAAUCAAGUAGGACCAGAUUCUGAAAGUUUAAGUACCAGAAAAGACGGUGAUGACACGAGUAGUACCACUGGGGUUUCCUUGAAAGAAGGAAACAAGGAUUUAAGAGAUAGUAAAGCUGACGAGAUACCUGAGCCAAAGGCACAGCUUGUUCAAGAAGAAGAACGAGAAAAAGGUCGAGUUGGAUAUCUGGUGUACUGGAAAUAUCUUACCAUGGCAUAUGGAGGAGCUCUGGUGCCCUUCAUUUUGCUGGCACAUAUUCUUUUUCAGGUGCUUCAAAUUGGGAGCAACUACUGGAUGACUUGGGCAACUCCUGUAUCGGUGGAUGUGAAACCUCUUGUCAGCGGAUCCACACUAAUACUCGUUUAUGUAGCGUUGGCAAUUGGAAGUUCAUUUUGCAUCCCCAUUCGUUCCACCCUUCUUGUAACAGCAGGGUAUAAGACAGCAACUCUGCUGUUCGAUAAAAUGCAUUUGUGCAUUUUCCGAGCACCUAUGUCCUUCUUUGAUGCAACUCCAAGUGGACGAAUUUUGAACAGAGCUUCUACGGACCAAAGUGAAGUUGACAUGCAGAUUCCAUAUCAAGUCGGGUUAGUUGCAUUCUCAAUGAUCCAGCUACUAGGAAUUGUGGCAGUAAUGUCUCAAGUAGCAUGGCAAGUGUUUAUUGUUUUUAUUCCUGUGAUUGCUGCCUGCAUCUGGUACCAGCAAUACUACAUAGCUUCUGCAAGAGAACUUUCCCGGUUGAUUGGAGUUUGCAAAGCCCCUGUUAUCCAGCAUUUUGCGGAAAGUAUAUCGGGAGUGACAACCAUCAGGAGCUUUGAUCAUGAACAAAGAUUCCAGGAAAUAAUUAUGAAGCUGACAGAUGCAUAUUCUCGGCCCAAGUUCAACAGUGCUGCGGCAAUAGAAUGGCUAUGCUUUCGCUUGGAUAUGUUCUCUGCUAUUACGUUUGCCUUCUCUUUGUUUUUCUUAAUCUCAUUUCCGGAAGGAAUCGAUCCAGCCAUUGCUGGUUUAGCUGUGACAUAUGGACUGAACCUGAACACUUUACAAGCUUUGGUCAUAUGGCAUAUCUGCAAUGCAGAGAAUUCAAUCAUAUCAGUAGAGAGAAUACAUCAAUACAUGUCUAUUCCUAGUGAACCUCCUCUUGUAAUCGAAGAACAUAGGCCAGACCGUUCUUGGCCAGCAUUUGGCGAAGUUGAUAUUGAUCAUCUGCAGGUCCGAUAUGCCCCUCACAUGCCGCUUGUGUUGCAAGGUCUGACUUGCAUUUUCCAAGGAGGCAAGAAAACUGGUAUAGUAGGAAGAACAGGCAGUGGGAAAUCGACCCUCAUACAAACUCUUUUCCGCAUUGUCGAUCCUGCAGUUGGUCAGAUCAUGAUUGACGGCAUCAAUAUAGCAUCAAUUGGUUUGCACGAUUUGCGGUCAAGACUUAGCAUUAUUCCUCAGGAUCCCACCAUGUUUGAAGGGACUGGACGGAGUAACCUGGAUCCUCUUGAAGAAUACACAAACAGGCAAAUCUGGGAGGCUCUUGAUAAGUGUCAACUUAGAGAUGAAGUUAGAAAGAAGGAGAAAAAGCUAGACUCCACAGUCGCUGAAAAUGGAGAAAACUGGAGUAUGGGUGAGAGGCAACUAGUAUGCCUCGGACGAGUACUACUGAAGAAGAGUAAGAUCUUAGUCCUUGACGAAGCUACAGCUUCAGUUGAUACAGCUACAGACAGUUUAAUUCAGCAAACCAUUAAGCAACAGUUCACCAACUCUACUGUUAUAACCAUCGCCCAUCGAAUAACUUCCGUUCUUGACAGCGACAUGGUUCUGCUUUUAAGUCAUGGGCUCAUUGACGAAUACGACUCUCCGACAAGAUUACUAGAAAAUAAGUCAUCAUCAUUUUCGCAACUUGUAGCAGAAUACACCGCUAGGUCAAACACCAGUUUUGACAAGUUAAACGAAUUGAAUGAGAAACCUUUGUAAACCAAACAUAAGUUUCUUGAUGACGACUAUAACAUCAAUAACAAUAAGGUAACUAAGUUACCAGUUGCGUUUCA